AUGGACGGAGACGAGAUUUCGCCCGAAGAUUUCCACGCGCCUAACAGCGGCUGGCAAGACGCAAUCAAGAAAGCAUAUGCGAGGCGCAGGGUGCAAAGCGCAGCGGUGCAGCCCCGCCGAAAUCAACUCGAGACGACUGGCCUAGCGGCCAAAAGAGCAGCUAGAGGAAAGAAAACCCCGAGGCUUCCCAAGCUACCGGAAGAUGACGUCCGGGUGGUCUUUCGAUUGCGCGGGGGCAUUCAACUAAAACCGGGGGACUGCGUGACGUUACAGCGUAGCAUACAACUAGCGGCGAACGUGACUGGCGGCAUGGCAGCUAGGGACACCUUUCGGCUAAACGAGCAGCAAAACACGCUUCUUAUUAGCACCCCGAGCCCCGAAAACGCCACGCGCUACAGUCAGCUCACGAAGUACACGUACCGAGAGAAGGAAUGGGAAGUCGCCGCCUACGUCGUUCCUCCCGACAACACCCAACGAGGCGUCAUUCAAGGCGUACCGCAGGAAGACUCCGAGCAAGACAUUCUCGAGAAUCUGGUUCACAGCAGAAACCCCUCCGUACUGCAUGCACGCCGCAUGGGACGCUCCAACUCCGUCCUCAUUCUCUUCGAGGGUGACCGUGUACCCUUUUGGGUCCGGUACGGGAACGUAGACUUCCGAUGUUACAUCUAUAAAAAAAAGGUAGAGAUUUGCGCAACCUGCGGCAGCGUGGGACACAGGGGGGAUGUCUACCCCAACCCUACAGAUCGCCGCUGCAACGCGUGCUACGCGCUCAACCCGGCACCCACUCACGAUUGCCUACCAUCCUGUGGGAUAUGCGGCAAGAGUCAUCCGACGGGGGAUAAGAAAUGCAAGCUUCUUUACAAGACCCCGCACAUCCUAGUCAAGCGAUGGUUACCGAGCUUCGCGAUGAGAACCGACGGCUGCUCGACCGACCCGAACGGACGGAGCAGGAGUGCGCCAACCUUCGACGGCAAUUGCAAGCUGGGGCGACACUCCCAACACCAGAUCCAGCAGCAACAUCCCCACCUGUCAAGCGCAAGAUGGCGACACGAUCCAAAUCUCCUGCACCUGCGAGAGAGGGAGGCUCUUCGGCCCCGUCCGUUCAACAGGAAAUCCACCAAGCCUUUGCCGAAGUGCUGCAGAACCCAACAUGGCUCGCCAGUCUCGCCUCACAACUCGACCGCCUCCGGGCGACACCACCUCACCCGCAGGAACACCAUGCGUAAAUCCAAAACCUACAUCGUCUGGCAGUGGAACUGUCGUGGUUACGGCAAGAGACGCGGACACUUCCAACAACACAUAAAUGCACUCCCCGUCGAAGACCGACCGGACGUGAUUGCGCUGCAAGAGCCAAGGCGCCUAGCCAAGCUCUCGGGCUACGUGACGUUCGGGUGCGACAACUCGGAGAAGACGCAAGUAACGACACUGGUCAAGAGAAACGUUCCGGUAAUCCUCCAUGACACGGGCAUCUCGACCAUCGACCAUCUCCUGAUCAAGAUCAUCGCCCCCAAGAAAGCGAAUACCCGCAGUCUUUUCGUGCUAAACAUCUAUAGCGGUCCUCGUUCAAAGCACAAGUUUGCUAAGCUAUUCCGCGCGGCGCUGGACAUCGCCCGAAAACAGCCUCUCCUCGUCGUGGGAGAUUUUAACGCACCACACCCGGCCUGGGGGUACGGGACGGAAAGCGUUAAGGAUAGGAAUCUCUGGACAGAUACCCACGAGUCCGGCCUCUCGCUGCUCACCAACCCGGACCAACCCACCCGGCGCGGGAACAUCCGACAAAACGACACCACGCCGGACCUCGCCUUUACGAAGCACGUCAAGGAGGUAAUAUGGACCAACACGGGAAAAGACCUUGGAAGCGACCACUUUGUUGUCCGCAUCGAUGCGACGGCUGGCCCGGCUCAACGCAGGGGCAAACCUUGCACGGUCGUUGAGUGGGACAAGUUCCGCUCGCUUCUCGAGGAAGAGCACGUCGACGACAUCCGGGACAUCGACCUCUGCUCAGACUGGAUCCGCACCACAGCUGACCACGCCACCAAGGUGAUUCCCGAAGACGGAGGUCUUGACGCGGCGGACAGCCGCCUUCUCCACCUCUGGGAAGCCAAGACACAGCUCGAGACACGACUUCUCACACAGAAGAAGAACAGAUCGCUUCGCCGACGCAUCGCUCAGCUUAGCCGCACCAUCGAAGAGCACGCCGAGCUCGUCUGUCAACAGCAAUGGCAAGAUCUAUGUGACAGCUUCGACGGGCAGCCCAACGUGCCAAAAACGUGGAACAUCAUUCGACACCUCCUCGACCCGAAAGGCAACAAGGCCGCGCAACACAACCGUAUGUGCGAGAUCGUCCGAAGAAGCGGAAAAUCCGAACAGGACCUCAUCGACUUGGUCCGCCAAAGAUAUUUGGGUGGCACGCCGCCCCGCUCGCCCACUAUCUACGCGGGAAGCCCUAACGAGGUACUGGACGCCGAUUUCACAACCUUCGAAGUGACCGCUGCCAUCCGCGACCUCAAAACGAAGUCCGCUCCCGGUCCCGACGGAGUCACAAACAAGAUGCUCCGACACCUUCAACACGACAUGGUCGACAAGCUCACGGCUUACUUCAACAGGUGCUGGCACGACGGGAAGAUUCCUCCGGCCUGGAAGACGACGAGGGUGGUGAUGAUUCCCAAGCCCGGAAAGAAGUCUUCCAUCGACGCGCUGCGUCCCAUUUCGCUCACCUCGUGUGUCGGGAAACUCAUGGAGCAUGUCGUACUGAACCGACUCAACAGGUUCAUGGAAGAUCGAGCUCUCUACCCGCACACGAUGGUGGGCUUUAGACCACACCUCUCGACGCAGGAUGUCAUGUUGCGUCUCAAACACCAGAUCAUAGACGGAGAGGGCUGCUCCAGGCUGGACACGCGGGCCGUGCUCGGCCUGGACCUUACCAAAGCCUUCGACAACAUCAAGCACAAUGCGGUCCUGGCUGGCCUGGAGCAGCUGGGGGUUGGAGCCCGGACGUAUGCCUACAUCCAAGACUUUCUCACGAACCGCACAGCCCGCAUCUCGAUUGGCGGUGCCACCUCUGAAGAGAUUCCUAUGGGCGACAGGGGCACCGCCCAGGGCUCUGUCCUGUCUCCUUUCCUAUUUAAUACGGCCAUGCUGGGCCUCCCGGAGCGCCUGGAAGCCAUCGGCGGCCUUCAGCACAGCAUCUACGCGGACGACAUUACGCUGUGGGUGGAUGGCGGCAGCGAUGGCCAAAUCCAGGACACUCUUCAAGCGGCGAUCGACGCGGUCGCAGACUACGUGACGCCUCGAGGCCUCGCUUGCUCGCCCCAGAAGUCAGAGCUCCUCCUCCUCAAACCGGUUCGAGCUAGACAGCUCCCUUCAGACAUCGAGCUCUACUCGCAGGGAGUCCGAAUCCCGGCGGUUAAGAGCAUCCGGGUUCUCGGGCUUCGCAUCCAAGCGGACGGCAACAAUUACGAGACGAUUAACUUGCUCAAGGCUACGACCUACCAGAUCACACGACUCAUCUCGCGGAUCUCCGGCCGUAGAUUUGGCAUGAGAGAACGUAACCUGGUCCGACUGGUACGUGCCUUCGUCGUCAGCAAGAUGGCAUACGUGCUCCCGUUCCUUCGUCUCGCGGUAGCAGAGAAGACCAAGCUCGACUGUCUUAUUCGCAAGUCGUACAAGAGGGCGCUGGGUCUACCCGACUCCACUUCGAACGACCGUUUCGCGGCCCUCGGCAUCCACAACACGGUGGACGAGAUCGUGGAAGCUCAACGCCUAUCUCAAAUGGAACGUCUCACGAAAAGUACGACAGGCCGCCACAUCCUCCGCAGCCUAGGCAUUCGCUACGACAGUCAGACUGGGCCCAAGUGCGUCGUUCCCACGCAGGUCCGGACCGCACUCCUCAUUCAGCCCAUCCCGAAGCACAUGCACCCGAUGCACCACGAGGGACGCAGGAGUGCGCGUGUUCGGGCUCUACACUCCCUCCUCAGCAAGGAACGUGACGUCUACUACGUAGAUGCAGCCGACUACGGCACCGGCAAGAUGGUCUCUGCUGUAACCGAUGCCGGGGGGUCCCUCGUCGCGAGCUGCAGCAUUGACACUACGGAUCCGGGAACGGCAGAAGAGGUGGCCAUCGCCCUCGCUCUCCAAACGUACAAGGCGUGCUUUGUUGUGAGCGAUUCACAACGGGCCAUCCGACAGUUUGCCAAGGGUCGUAUAUCGCCACAAGCAGCCAGAAUUCUGCGCGGGUUCGCCCCCGGGACGUCUCCCAUCAAGCUGAUCUGGACCCCAGCUCACUCGUCUCUUCCCGGUAAUGAGGAGGCUCACAGCGUAGCCCGAGGAUUGAUUGGCCGGGCUGGCCUAACGCUGGACCCCUCCACCACGUCGUUGGCGGGGAGAGACGGGCUGGUCACAUUCCGGGACGUCCUCAACUACUACGCGGGCGAUCGCGCUCGCUACCCGCCGGCGCACGCCGCGCUGGACAAGGCAUCGACGGUGGCCUGGCGACGCUUGCAGACGAACUCCUACCCGAACCCUUCCACGCUCCACAAGUGGUACCCGGACCGCUACUCCCCCAAGUGCAAGCUCUGUGGAGCGAAGGCGAACCUGCGGCACAUGCUGUGGGAGUGCGCACGAGUCGAUCGAUCGAAGUAUCCCAAGAUCUCCGCAGUCACCAGUCAAGACGACUGGGACGCUCUCCUCAAGGCCUCCUCACAGGAGGUCCAAGAAGCCGUUGUCCGUUGGGCCGAGGACGCCGCCAAGAUCCAGGGGAUCGAAGCCGCCGUCUGAGGAAGACGA